CCGUGUUGAGACUGUGCCCCCGAGAGCUUGGCCGCCGGGCGCGGACCAUGGGGAGGGGCGAGGAGUCCCGGACGCCCCAAGUCUCCUGUCUCUCAAUGUACCUUAGACGUUCUUUUGUCGGCAAAGAAGAAUUUGGGCAAUUCCAGCCAGAAUCUUAAUUGCUUUAAUUUGGGAGAUUUAGAGGCGAGGGAGCAAGGAGAGAAGAGAAAAUAAAGCCUUUUGCAAAGAGCCACACAAACAUGAUGUGAAUCAUCGUGUGCGGUGAGGCAGCGGGGCAGCGCGGCCCCUGAGCGCAAGCCAGCAGCGUCGGCGAGAGGAUGAGUGGCACCGGAGCCAGGGCCGGGCACCGCGCCCAGCCGGUGGUCAAGAGCGUGCUGGUGUAUCGUAACGGGGACCCCUUCUUCGCGGGGCGCCGCGUAGUCAUUCACGAGAAGAAGAUGUCUAGCUUCGACGUCUUCCUGAAGGAGGUCACGGGUGGCGUCCAGGCUCCCUUUGGGGCCGUCAGGAACCUCUACACUCCGCGGACCGGGCACCGCAUCCGGAAGCUAGACCAGAUCCAGAGCGGAGGCAACUACGUGGCUGGGGGCCAGGAAGCUUUCAAGAAAAUAAAUUACUUGGACAUAGGCGAAAUCAAGAAAAGACCAAUGGAGGUUGUUAAUACAGAGGUAAAACCAGUAAUCCACAGCAGGAUCAAUGUGUCAGCUCGAUUUAGAAAGCCGCUUCAGGAACCCUGCACUAUCUUCUUGAUUGCAAAUGGAGACCUCAUAAAACCAGCUUCGCGCCUCCUCAUCCCUAGAAAAGCCUUGAAUCAGUGGGAUCAUGUGCUACAAAUGGUCACGGAAAAAAUAACUCUGAGGAGUGGGGCUGUCCACAGACUUUAUACUUUAGAAGGAAAACUGGUUGAGAGUGGGGCAGAGUUGGAGAAUGGGCAGUUUUAUGUGGCUGUUGGCAGAGAUAAGUUUAAGAAAUUACCUUACAGUGAAUUGCUUUUUGACAAGUCAACAGUGAGAAGGUCUUAUGGUCAGAAAGCUUCUUCACUGCCUCCUAUUGUAGGAUCCAGAAAGUCUAAAGGGAGUGGAAAUGAUCGCCAAUCUAAGUCAACUGUCGGAUCCAGUGACAACUCAUCUCCUCAACCCCCAAAGAGGAAAGGGAAAAAAGAGGAUGUGAAUUUGGAAAAAUCCAUGAAAGGGAAACAAAAUAUUAACUUAAAGAACUCACCACAAACAAUUCCAAACAGUGAUGAAGGCAUUUUCAAAGCAGGAGCAGAGAGAUCUGAAACACGGGGGGCAGCAGAAGUCCAAGAAGAUGAAGAUACUCAAAUUGAGAUUCCAGUCGAUCAGAGGCCAGCAGAAAUAAUAGAUGAGGAAGAAGAUGGAGAGAAGGAAAGCAAGGGUACAGAACAGAAAGAAGAGUUUACAGGUAUGAAUGGUGAAGUUGAAGAGGAAGGAGAUGGGGAGAUUACGGCUGCCUCUGAGCAAGCUGAGAUGCCAGGUCACAUGGAGGAGCAGGCAGGCCCUGCUCGUGUUAAUGGAGGCACUGAUGAAGAAAAUGGUGAGGAACUGGAUCAGGUCAACAAUGAGCUUCAGGAAGCAGUGGAUGAGGAAAUAAAGUCUCCAGGAGCUGGCAAUGGACAAGAGGAGGCUGACUUAGACCCUCAAAGACCACCAAGGCCAGAAGUAAAAAUCACUAGUCCACAAGAAAAUGAUGACAACGAACAAAGCAAGGACAGUGCUGUCGUAGCAUAGAUGAUUUUUAAAAAGAGAGUAUAUUGAUUAUAAGAAAAAUGAAGGGUUAUAAUACUUGAAUAAUAAGUAUAGUUAUCGCUAAACAUAAUGUGACAAUAUGGUUGAAUACUACCUACUGAAUUAUAAAAUUAGAGGCCUAAAGGAAAGACUAGAUAACUUUGAAUAGCUACUAAAGGAGAAUGACUUCUUAAUAUAGGAUAUAUUUUUAAAAGUCAUUUAGAAAAAUAAGAAGGAUAGAGGGUAAUGUACACUGGAAGACAAUUGGGCACUUGUUUUUGUAAAGGAUGAAAAAGAAUAAGAUUACUCCUAUCGUAUACUUUCUUAUAAAUUUAGAGGCGAGAUUAUUAGAUAGCCGCUUAUGCUAGAGCACUUAUCUAGAAAAGCGUAAAAUUUUAAAGAAAUAAUAGGAAAGCAUGUACUAUUUUUUUAAAAACAAUAAACUCUUGAGAAUAAACAAAUUACAGUUUAGUUUCAGAGAUAAUUUGGGGAUGGCAAUGGAUUGAAAUGUUUCCAUGACAUGUUGAUAUUCCUUUCUUUCUUCUUCUUUAACUAAAAUCCAACUUAAAAAAAAAUUAAAAAGAAUGUAACAUAUUUAUUUUGAAAGGAGGAAUUAUUUAUUCAGUGUAUUAGUGAUUAAUAUUGUCAUGUUUCUCCCUUAAGUGCUUCAGGUUUUUAUACUUGUGGCUUUCAUGACACACACUCAGGAAGGAAUUAUGAAGGAACAUCUCAUUAUAUUACUGAGCCUUGGCUGGAUGGUUUGCAAAUUCUGGUAUCCGAUGGAUUUUCACUGAUCUGGUCCACCUUUACCAACGACAUCCCUCUCUUCUCCCUGUUAUUACAUUAGGAAACUCAAUAUUUGGGUAGUCUAAAGAUUGAAUUCUCUCCAAACAAUUUUUUUACAAAAAAAAAAAAGAAAAAGAGUGUAAUAGAAAAGAAAAAGUAGGCUUAUGAAUAAUUU